GACAUUGACCUUGACGCUCUGGACUGCUGAAGUUUGACUCCUGUUCCAUGGUAGAAAAACAUACGUAUCUGACCGAUCGUUAACCCCUGUGAUUAUUCAUCGAAAUGGGCCUCAUUAAUAGCGUUAAUAAAUCAGAUGAUCUCCAGUGUUUGUUCGACGAAUACAAGACGAGAAUUAAAGCAAAAGCUCACCUACCUUCUAAUCCAUCUAAGCCUCUAAUUCAGUUCCUACAAUCAGUCAGUGAAUCCAUGUUCAACAAACGAAAAUCUAUGUGCUUUAGUGUUAGUCUUUUAGAUCAUGAUUUCAAAGAGAUUCGUCAAGGCCUGAUAACAGUAAGAGUUUACGAUAUUAAGUUUCAAUAUGUACAUAAUGACCAAACUGUUGUUCUUCUCUGGCCACUUCACGGUUUACGAUGGUAUGGGAGGAAUAAAUCCUUAUUUUUGUUUCAGUCUGGCAGUCGAUGCAAGUUAGGUCCAGCACUUUUCAUAUUUAAAUGUAAACAUCCUAAAAGACUGGUUUCCUGUAUUGAAAAACGAAUAAAUUCUCUCUUGCAUUUGUAUCGAAAUAUGACGUCUGUCAUAAAAUAUUUGCAUCCAAUACAAGAAUUGUGUCUAGAUCGCAAAGAAACUUACUCAUCAUCAAGAUCAGAACUCGAAAUAAGAUCAAUUGGUUUUUCCAACUCAUUAAACAAAGAAAAUGAAGAAAAAUCUCAUUCGAUUGAAUCUCUCCGAUCUCCGUCAUCUGUAGUGUUCAUUUGCGGUCCAGAUGACUAUCUUCUACCACGCAAUAUAUCUGAGCAAAACACGCUUACUUUUGAUCCUGUUACACAAAUGCCUGAUUCUCGUGUAGAAUUAUCAACAAUUAGACAGAUAUAUUUAGAUCUACCAAAUGGAAACUACCUUGAAGCUGCCCUUGCUCCUAACUUACCAUUGAUAAGUGACACUCAAAAUAACAGUAACUCAGAACAUGGAAGAUAUGUUGUAAUUGCUUUAUCACCACACUUCAACAGCCCCUCCACGGAUUUAGUGAUAAACUCCCAUCCCCGAUUUAAAAAAUGUCCAAAUAAUAUUUAUUUUCCGGAACCCAUGUGAUAACUUUUCAAAACUUUUAUAAUAUAUUGCUUUGUUUAAUUACAGUGCUGUAUUGCUUUAUUUAUGAAACGUCACGUGACGAUAAUAUUUUUUAUGAUAUACUGACGAUAUGUUACUAGUGAAUAACUUGCUCAUUAACCUAAAUGUGCUACUACUAACCGUUGGACUACAGUUUCAAAAUAUGCUCCCAUUCGGUUUGAGUAAUAUUGCUAACUCACACAUAAUGAAUGUGGCCAGAUGAAUACCAAACAAACACUUGGUAUUGUUGUCAAGUCAUUAAUUUUAUAUCAGUAAGAAGUAAAGUAAUUUCCACCAGUUGAUUCUGAGAACACCCUAUCACUGAACAUGGUAUCAUAAAUUUGUUUAUCAAAAGAGCAGAG